AUGCCACUAAUUCUGUCAACCACUGCCCUGGGCAGUAAGUCGCGUGUGAUUCUGGGUCUUAUGACUUUUGGUCCACCGGGAAGUGAAGCCAAAGGUGGCCGUAUCACGACUCUGGACGACUACAACAAGAAUCUCGAUUACUUCCAGCAGAAUGGCUACAAUGAGGUCGACACCGCUCGUGCAUACAUCUCGGGAGAGCAAGAAGCUUUCACAAAGGAGGCAAAGUGGAAGGACCGUGGUCUGACUCUCGCCACCAAGUGCUACCCCGUUCAAGCAGGUGACCAUAGUCCUGAGAAGUUACGUGCCUCCCUGGAGAAGAGCUUGAAAGAGCUGGGGACCAACAGUGUCGACAUCUUCUACCUACACGCUCCUGAUCGGGCUACGCCAUUUGAAGAUACAUUGAAGGCCUUGGACGAACUGUUCAAGGAGGGCAAAUUCGUUCAGCUCGGUCUCAGCAAUUUCGCCGCUUGGGAAGUCGCUGAAGUCUGGAAUAUCGCCAAUGAGAGAGGUCUCGUCAAGCCCACGAUCUACCAGGCCAUGUACAAUGCCAUCACGAGGGACAUUGAGAAGGAGUUGGUGCCAGCAUUGAGAAAAUACAAGAUUGACCUUGUCGUGUAUAAUCCGCUCGCCGGAGGUCUCUUCAGCGGCAAAUACAAGUCUAAGGCAGAAGUCCCAAACUCCGGUCGUUUUGCAGACACGAAUCCCAGGACAGGCAAGAUGUACCGCGACCGCUACUUCAAUGACGUGUACUUCCAGGCCCUGCAACUUAUCGAGCCCGUCGUGAGCAAACAUAACCUGACACUGAUCGAAACCGCCCUGCGCUGGGUGCGACACCACUCGGUGCUCAAGCUGACCGACGGCGGCAAUGACGGCAUCAUCAUUGGCGUGAGCAGCCUCAGCCAGCUGGAGACGAACCUGAAGGAUCUGGAGAAGGGACCACUGCCUGAAGAGGUCGUGGCCGUGCUGGACGAGGCUUGGAACAAUCUGUUCAAGACACAGGCCCCGAGUUAUUGGCGGUAG